AUGUCACUUUCUGAACUAAGAAAGAAGUUUACAAAAGGUGAUACUUCCACCACAACAACAACAGCAACAAAGACGUCAGCAAAACAGGGUGGUAGUAGUAGUAGCAAUUCGAUUUUAACAACUAAAAAAGAAACACCAAAGAAAUCAAUAAAUACAUCGACACCAUCAUCAUCAUCAUCAGCAAUCGAAAAGAAAAAGAAAUCAGUAACAUCAACAACAUCGACUACAACAAAGAAUAACAAAGUUAAUAAAACAAAUGAAGCAUCAAAAGAAUUAGAUUUAGAUCAGCUAUUUGAAAAGAAGAAACAAGUCGAUAAAAUAAAAAAGAUUAAAGUACAGGAGGAACAAAUCAAACAACAACAACAACAACAAAAGCAAGUAGAGUCAAAAUCAAAGAAAUCAAGACCUGUAGAUGAUGAUGACUUCUUUGAUAGUAGAGGUACAAAUAUUAAAGAAAGAAAAUAUUUCGAAGGUAUGCCUGUUUAUACAGAAGAAGAAUUGGGAUUGGAUCGUGACUAUGAAGAAGGUGAUACUGAACUAUGUCCGUUCGAUUGUCAAUGUUGUAAAUAA